AUGGCGCGCACCAAAGCCAACGAUAGCAACGUGUUCAAGUCUAAAAAGGGGCGCUUGCAUCUGCUCGCGACGGACAAGGAACGAGCCUUCGAUCGCAGAGGAUCGACGGUCAAUCGGCUCGAGACGAGCGACGAUGCUUUUGGUGGCGACGAGGACGAGUGUCAGUUCGGUCUAUUCGCUACGACCUCUUUCAGGCAACACAUUGCUCAAUCUGCUCCCACUUCACAGUCCACCGACAGAGGGACUCGAUCCUGUUCGAACACACCAAUGCCAGUCGCAACGACAAGAACGGCAAGUCCAUCGCCUCAAUGCCAUCAAGUCUGGACUACCCCAUCUGAUGACCACUCUACCCACCUUCUUCACAGACCUAGGCGAUCUCUCGGAUGACGACGAGAUUUACGGACUCGACUUGCCCUCUCAAGACGAGCAUGAACACGAUGAGGAGGACGAUGACCAGGGAGAGGACGAGGAACCAGCCCAACGCAAGCAGUUCAAGAGGGCCCCCGUGGACGAUACCAACAAGGGGAGGUUUUCCAAGUCGUCUGCAGCCACCCACGAGAAGGAGGACGCUGCCGACUCGCAAGAUGACGACGACGACGAUUCUGACGCACACGACCGGGCCCCGCCCAAGCCUUCCAAACUCCAAGCCCGCAACGACGACGACAACGACGACGACGACGACGAUGGGGCCGAUCGCGAGGGCGCCCAAGACUCGGACGACGAAGACACUUGGGCACCUGGAUCGUACCAUGCCUCGCGACGCGCACCGGGCGAAGCAGAUUCAGAGGACGACGAGGCACUCGAACUGGAAGAGGCCGAGGCGAGGCGGUUGCAAAAAAAGAGCAAAACCGCUUUGGCCGCCGAAGACUAUGGCCUGGACGAAGCCGAGGACGAGCUCGAAGGGACGUCGACGAAUCACACACGAUUCGAAGAGGAGGAUGCAGCUUCCAACGCCAACUCAGCCCAAGUUCAGGUCGAAUGGACUGAGGAAAACGCGAUCGCGCAUCUGCUCAAGCACAACCCCGAGAACUUGGCCUUGCUCGACGACCUGACCAGGAUCGCAGAGAGAAUCAAGGUCGUCGAAACGGCUUUGGUGGAUCUGCGUAAAGGGGGCGAACAGUCAGGCGAGGAGCACCAAGCUUUGCCUAUCGUCGAGCUGGAACACCGUGAGCAAAGCUUGAUCAGUGGCGCUUUACAGGCCUAAGAUAUGAACCUAACGCCGCCCUUCCGCAGAGGCGCUCGUCACCUAUCUCCCGACCUUGACAUUCUACUUUUCCCUCUUACUCUCGCCUCACCCGUCUCGCGAGCUGCUCACCGCCGUCCUCGCGAGGUUGUCGUCGCUGCGCACUGCCUUGGCUUCUAUGGAAGAGCUCGAACUCACGACCCAACUCGACGACGACUCGGACGCUGAGCACUCUGGGCACUCUGGGGACGAUCAAGAAGGCAUGGAGCUUUCCGAGGUCUGGGACAAGGGCGGGAUGCAAGCUGUCGGUGGUGAGGACGAUGAUGAAGACUCGGACGCGGACGAGGAGGACGAUGAGGACGAUGAGGAAGACGAUCUCGACGCCGACAUGGCCGAACUCGCCGAAGCCGACUUCGACUUUGAUUCCGACGAAUUCGACUCGGACCUCGAGGACGAGAGGACGGGCUCAAUGCUAGCGAGUAUGGACGACGCCGAGCUCGAGGCGCUGAUGGAGCAGAUGAAGGGGGACCGAAAUGCCGAUGCGCUCAUUGCCAAAGUCCGAGACAUUCAAGCGGCCAAAAAGGCCGGCCAGGCUGCUUCCGAUUCGAAGAAAGCGAGCAAGGCGGCGACGAAAGAGUCCAACCAGAAGGACAGGGUCAAGAAGCCCAAGAAGCAAGUCGUCAUACCCGAGUUGCCGGCUUUGUCCUCGGCGCCUGCUUCACGCAAAAAGGCGUCUCGAGUGGAUGCCUGGGCCGCGGACGAUUACCUCGAUCCGACGAGCUUGGCCCAUGGUGAUUCGGCCGACAAGGCCUCGACGCGGCAUUCGUUGCGGUUCCACGUCUCGCAGGUCUCCCAAAAGGAGAAGCGGCGCAACGAAGGCAACGGGCGUCGCGUCGGUGGUGACGACGAUUUGCCCAGACGGAGCAAGGAGAACGCGCGUAGGGAGGUGCUCAAGCGACAGCAGCAUGGUGUGGCCACUUCCGCGACGGGGGCCGCGCUUGACGACGAUGAUUGGGGGGAGGACGACCUUCGAGUGGCCAAGACGGUUCGCGGAUCAAACUCUGGCGAAAGUGGGGAGGGUGGGGAGGACGGACCGAGUGGGUUGGACUAUUACGAACAGGUCGCAGCCGAGUCCAAGGCCGGUCGACUAGCCAAGAAGGCCAAGUAUGACGAGGAGCGUCAGGCAGAAAAGUGAGUGCUUUGCAGUGAUCAAUCCAUUUUAGAAGUCAACUGACAUUGAAAUGGACGCUCACAGGGAGGAACUCAUGUCGCUUGCCGACUCGUCCGUCGACGGACCGCGAGGUGCCACUCGCACGAUCAUGGCCAAUAAGGGUCUCACGCCGCGUCGAUCCAAGGCGUCACGCAACUCGCGAGUCAAGAAGCGCUUGCAGUACGACAAGGCGCUCAAGAAGGUCGCGUCGAUGAAGGCCGUGUACAAGGGUGGCGAUCGCAGCAAUUACGAGGGAGAGAAGAGUGGCAUUGGGAAGAACACGGUCAAGUCCGUGCGGCUCAACAAGUAG